GGGGGCUUGCCUCAACUCAAGGUCACCGAUGGCAAAAUAAGCAGUAGAGUUUACCAGAUUUAGCAAGUUUGAUCAGCAUUUCUUCAUCUUCAUUCCACCUGAACCAGCAUUCCAGUUAGAAUCUUAGAAUUCCAUCUUAUCAGUCAUCACUUAUUUUGAAAGCAUUCUCAUUAAUUGUGAUUAAGCAGCCUGUAAGAGAUGUUACCAGUAAGAGCAACAAGAAAACUUGUUUCUUAUGUUGUGAACCCAGUAUGCAAUGUUUCUAUAAGGAAUCUUAAUGGAGCUACAGCAUCAGAACCAUGGCUGAAGGAAGAGGAAAAGGAGUACUACCCAAAACCUGAAGAGGAUAAACCAAGAAUUUUAAUCACAGGUAGUUUGGGGCAGCUUGGAACAGGGCUUGCUAAAUUACUACGGAAUAAAUUUGGCAAGGAUAAUGUUAUCAUGUCAGAUAUUAUCCGGGCCCCAAAAAAUGAAUUUAACAGAGGACCAUUUUUGUAUGCUGAUAUUUUGGAUUUCAAAAAUCUCCAGGAAAUCAUAGUUAACCAGCGUGUGGACUGGUUGGUGCAUUUCAGUGCCCUGUUGAGUGCUAUAGGAGAGGCUAACAUUCCUCUAGCAAUGAGAGUAAACAUAGAAGGGGUACACAAUGUAAUGGAACUGGCCAAGCAAUACCAUCUUAAGCUUUUCAUACCCAGUACCAUUGGUGCAUUUGGACCAUCCUCUCCCAGGAACCCUACCCCUGACCUGGCCAUACAGAGACCACAAACUAUUUAUGGAGUCUCCAAGGUGCAUGCAGAACUUUUAGGAGAGUACUACAACUACAGAUUUGGUUUGGACUUUCGAUGCCUGCGUUUCCCAGGAGUGAUUUCUGCUGACACUAAUCCUGGUGGAGGGACAACAGAUUAUGCUGUGAAAAUUUUCCAUGAUGCCCUCAGAACUGGCCACCAUGAGUGCUAUCUUGAACCAGAUACAAGACUCCCCAUGAUGUACAUUGAUGAUUGCCUGCGCUCCUUGAUGGAGGUAAUGGAAACCCCAGCAGAAAAUCUGAAGAUGCGCACCUAUAAUGUGACAGCCAUGAGUUUCACACCAGCAGAGCUUGCAGAGGAAGUAAAGAAGUAUGUGCCAAACUUCCGGAUCACUUACAGGGUGGAUCCUGUUAGACAACAAAUUGCUAACUCCUGGCCCCAAGUUUUUGAUGACACAAAUGCAAGAAACCACUGGGGCUGGCAGCAUGAGCAUGACAUACAUGGUCUGGCAAAGAAAAUGUUUGAUUAUCUUAUGCCUCUGUAUGGAAAGACUUUUGGCUAGUAGAGAAUGAUAAUUAAUUAUGCAGCAAACCUGUAAGGCAGCUAAUUUGAUGAAUGUAUGGGUUUGAUAAAACAAGUAGAGAUGGAACAAAUCUUCAAAAAGUAAAUGUGUCAAUUAACUUAGUAUAACAUGCAUUAUUACAUGACAAGAAACAGAAACAUUCCCAUUUUGAUCUGGAUCCAGUGACUUGUAGGUUUAUUUUUAUUUUAUUUAUUUUUGUUCUCAUUGGUGGUUUGAUUUAAAGUGAUGAAAUAUUUAUAAUUUAGGCUUCAACUUCAGUUUUUUUGAUUGUUUGUUUUUUGCUUUUUCAAACUGAUUUGUAAACUUUGGUAUGUCACUAGUGUAAAAGCUAAAUACUUUGCUCUUAUAUACCUUUUGAGACAAUCUUUGAAACAUGUUUUUGCCAUAAAAUAGUUAUUAGUUUUGAUCAAUUUGCCAGCACUGGAAAUGGCAGUUGUUUGGUAUAAACCCUUAGGAAUCUUAAAAUUAUAGCAAAAACAGACAGAUGAAAAAA